CAAUCUUUAAGAAGCUGCUACAGCUAUAAUGUAAGGUUAAGAGUUUAUUCUUUCAAAGCAGGUCUCCUCAUCUCUUAAACGCUAUACAUAUGAAAUAGAUAAAAACUGGUUUCUUUUUUGGUAGCAUUUAGGAUCUACAAAAGCGAUCCUUCAAUUACUUGCAAUUUCAAAAAAUUGAGGUUACCUAGUAACAAUGCACCAGUAGAACACAAAAUACUCUGAUUUUGUUUAGUCUGUGGGAAAAGAAAAAUCUUUAAACUGGAAAGAUUUUGUAGUCUUACAAAGAUUACAUUGGAAUUGGAAUUACUGUAGUUCGUUUUUCCCUCUAGGAGGGCAGCCAUUUCUCUAAAAGUUUUGUAAAAGUUAAGACUAGGAUUUCAAAAUGCAAGCAGAUGUUGAUGAAGCAUACGAAAUGGGCAACUCCAUUUCUAUUUCGGAGCCGCAGCGACUCCGACUUUGUGCCCCAACCCUGUAAAGGGCAAAACCUCAUCCCUUCGGUGUAAACUUUCAAGAGAAGUGGGGCAGCACAUUUUAGGCGUUUCACCAAGAGGCUGGCGACAUGCUAGGUCAGGUUGUCCGGAGAAUCAGGGCUGAAUGGGAGAGAUCUUGAGGGCAAGAGCCUCAGAGACCUUCAGGCACCGAGCUCGUGAAGGUUUCCACGUGCCCCUCUCUAGCUGCUCCCAGGGGGAAUUAGUGGUUGCUACAGUAGUUUAAGAGGGCCGUGGUUUUUCGCAACCCGGGCGGCGAGAUGGCGCUUUGGUGUAAGCGAGGAGGACAGUACAGGACAUGAGUCCUGGUGAGGGACCCGAGGAGCAGGACAGAGAAGACGGCCCCUGAAUCCCAUUUGGCCCCUUGCUGGCUGGAGGUGUGAAAACCAGCGGUGGAGGCAGCCUUCGGGGCCUGCAUUUGAGAAUAAGGGUGUCACUAGUUCCAGGCGUCUGCUGAAAGAUUUGGAACGGAAGAUGAUGGCCACUCCGAACCAGACCGCCUGUAAUGCAGAGUCACCAGUGGCCCUGGAGGAGGCCAAGACCUCUGGUGCCCCGGGGAGCCCCCAAACACCCCCUGAGCGUCAUGACUCUGGUGGUUCCCUGCCCCUGACACCGCGGAUGGAGAGCCACUCAGAGGAUGAAGAUCUUGCUGGGGCUGUCGGUGGCCUGGGCUGGAACAGUAGGAGUCCCCGGACCCAGAGCCCAGGGGGCUGCUCAGCGGAGGCUGUGCUGGCCCGGAAGAAACACCGUCGGCGGCCAUCGAAGCGCAAAAGGCACUGGCGACCCUACCUGGAGCUGAGCUGGGCUGAGAAACAACAGCGGGAUGAGAGGCAGAGCCAGAGGGCCUCCCGGGUCCGCGAAGAGAUGUUCGCCAAAGGCCAGCCCGUGGCCCCCUACAACACCACCCAGUUCCUGAUGAAUGACAGAGACCCGGAGGAGCCCAACUUGGAUGUGCCCCAUGGGAUCUCCCACCCAGGUUCCAGUGGGGAGAGUGAGGCCGGGGACAGUGAUGGGCGGGGCCGAGCGCACGGUGAGUUCCAGCGGAAGGACUUCUCUGAGACUUACGAACGCUUCCACACCGAGAGCCUGCAGGGCCGCAGCAAGCAGGAGCUGGUGCGAGACUACCUGGAGCUGGAGAAGCGGCUGUCGCAGGCGGAGGAGGAGACUAGGAGGCUGCAGCAGCUGCAGGCGUGCACCGGCCAGCAGUCCUGCCGCCAGGUGGAGGAGCUGGCUGCCGAGGUCCAGAGGCUCCGGACCGAAAACCAGCGGCUUCGUCAGGAGAACCAGAUGUGGAACCGAGAGGGCUGCCGCUGUGAUGAGGAGCCGGGUACCUAGGGGUGCCUCCCAGCCUGGUGGACCCAAGGAGAAGGUCCCAUUUCGUGCACACUCAGGCCAGCUGGGUCUCAAGGAGGCAGGUGGCAGAUGAAAACCACCGUCAACACCCUGUGCGCCCGGAGAACAGCUAAAUCGGUUCAGACUCCCACCUCACCGUUUCCAUAGUUGGCUCUUUUGUGUCAUCUUACCCUUUACAGAGAAAUUAAAUGGCCUUGGUGGGACCAAAUGGGA